AUGGCGCCUAAGAAGAAGGGCGGCAAGAAGCAGGUUGACGAUUGGGAGAACGAGCUGGGUGAAACCGUCGAUCCCAUAGCCCAGGCUACCGAAGAUGCAAAGCAGGCAGAGGCAGAGAAUGAAGCGGAAGAAGAAAUGAACGGUGGUGCCGGUGGUGGUGGUUUGAUGGCAGCUUUGCGCAAGAACAAAGACAGGCGUGCAAAGAAAGGCAAACCCGUCAAUGAUUUCGUUGAAGGCGAAGAUGCAGAUGGUGUUGCCCCGCCCGAGCCUGAGAAUGACCUGGCUGCCAAAGCACCCACUGAAGCAACCUUUGAGGAGGAUGACGACGUCUUUGCAGGCAAUGCGCACAAGAAGACCAAGGGAGGCAAGAAGCAACAAGAAAGGACCGAGUCGCCUGCUCCCGUGGAUGAUGGCGAAGACGCUGGCGAGGGUGGUGGAGUGAAGUCUAAGAAGGAGAAAGAGCGAGAGAAGAAGGAACGCGAGAAACAGAGAAAGAAAGAACAGGCUGCAAAGAAAAAGACUGUCGCCCCAGCACCAGGUCCCAAGGUCGAGGAAGCUAAGCCCGCUGUGCCCGAAAAAGUCGAAGCACCCGUCGCCGCACCAGAGAAAGACGACAAGUCCGGGAAGAAAAAGAAGAUUCCCGCACACCUCGCUGCUAUCCAAAAGCAGCAAGAGGCUCUUGCUAGACAAAGAGAAGAGGAGGCCAGAAUAGCAGCCGCGGAAAAGGCCGCUGAAGAAGAGCGUCUACGCCAGGAAGCCGAAGAAGAGAAAAAGAAAGCCGAGGCAAGACAACGAAAGAAGGAAAAGGAGAAGGAGAAGAAAGAGCAAUUGAAGAAAGAAGGCAAGCUCCUCUCGGAGGCCGACAAGAAGAGGAAGCAGCAACAAGAUCUUCGCCUCAAGCAACUGCUUGAUUCUGGUGUCAAGGUUGCAGGUUUGACCGAAGGUGUCGAAGAAAAGAAGAAACCUGCAGUCGACAAGAAGCGGAAAGGUCCAAAGAAGGAAGAAAUUGACCUCGAGGCUGCUGCUGAACGAGCGAGACAAGAGGCCGAAGCAGCCGAAGCAGAACGCCAACGUCUGGCCAAGGAAGCCGAAGAAGCGGCGGCAGCGGCCGCUGCAGCAGAAGCAGAGGCUGCGAAGCAGGAAGAGUCUUCGGAUCUCGACGAUUGGGAGAAGGCUGCUGAUGAAGAGAUUAAGGACAGUUGGGAUGCCGAGUCAAGUGACGAAGAAAAAGCCGACGGCGAGGCCAAGGCAGCUGCGAACGGAAGCGCUUCAAAGACCCCCGCCACGACUGGCGCCAAUGGGUCGGAGAGGCCCAUCGAAUCCGAUACGGAAUCAGAAGAGGAGUCAUCCUCCGAAGAGGAAGGCACUGCAACCCAGCGAGCGCUGGCAAAGAAGAAAGCAGAAGCAGCUGCCAGGAGAGCAAAAGCUCACGAAGAAGCCCUUGCUGCUCGGUCUAAAGACAACCUUCGCUCACCUAUCUGUUGUAUUCUGGGUCACGUCGAUACUGGUAAAACGAAGCUUUUGGAUAAAAUUCGACAGACCAACGUGCAGGAAGGCGAAGCAGGUGGUAUCACUCAGCAGAUCGGUGCGACCUACUUCCCCGUGGACGCUCUGAAACAGAAGACAGCUGUUGUCAACAAAGAUGGCAAAUUUGAGUUCAAAGUGCCUGGACUGUUGGUCAUUGAUACUCCUGGUCACGAAUCUUUCUCCAACCUUCGUUCCCGCGGGUCGUCGCUCUGCAACAUCGCCAUCUUGGUGGUCGAUAUUAUGCACGGCUUGGAGCCCCAGACGCUGGAGUCUAUGAAAUUGCUUCGUGACCGCAAGACACCGUUUAUUGUGGCUCUCAACAAGAUUGACCGUCUGUAUGGCUGGAAGAAAAUCGACAACAAUGGCUUCCAGGACAGUCUCGCUUUCCAGUCCAAGGGGGUGGUUGCCGAGUUUGAGAGUCGACUUGCCGAGACCAAGCUCGCCUUUGCAAAGGAGGGAUUCAACUCCGAGGUCUUCUACGAAAACAAGGACAUGCGGCGGUAUGUGUCACUAGUGCCCACUUCGGCGCAUACAGGCGAAGGCAUUCCGGAUCUGCUCAAGCUCCUGGUGUCGUUGACCCAGGAACGGAUGACGUCCAGCCUGAUGUAUUUGUCCGAGGUGGAAUGUACGGUCCUUGAAGUCAAAGUGAUUGAGGGUCUCGGUACCACGAUUGACGUGGUAUUGUCGAACGGAGUGCUUCACGAAGGGGAUCGGAUUGUGCUGUGUGGCACCGACGGGCCGAUUGCCACCAAUAUCAGGGCGCUCCUCACCCCUGCUCCGCUCAAGGAGCUGCGCCUCAAGUCUCAAUAUGUGCACAACAAAGAAUGCAAAGCGGCUCUGGGUGUCAAGAUCGCGGCAAAUGAUCUGGAAAAGGCCAUUGCGGGUUCGCGGUUGCUCGUUGUCGGACCUGAGGACGACGAGGAGGACUUGAUGGACGACGUGAUGGCGGAUCUGGCAAGCCUCCUCAGCAAGAUAUCCAAAGACAACCGGGGUGUCAGCGUCCAAGCUUCUACUCUGGGGUCUUUGGAGGCGUUGUUAGAAUUCCUCAAGCAGAGCAAGAUCCCUGUUGCCAACAUCGCCAUUGGGCCGGUGUACAAGCGAGACGUCAUGAUGGCGGGCACCAUGCUGGAGAAGGCGAAGGAAUAUGCGGUGAUGCUUUGCUUCGACGUCAAAGUCGACAAGGAGGCACAGCAGUACGCGGACGAAAACGGCAUCAAGAUCUUUACCGCCGAUAUCAUCUAUCACUUAUUCGACGCCUUCACAAAGCACAUGGAGGAAUUGCGAGAAAAGAAAAAGGAAGAGAGCAAGAUGCAUGCUGUCUUCCCGUGUGUGCUUAGCCCUAUCCAGGUCUUCAACAAGAAGGAUCCGAUCGUGGUGGGCGUGGACGUUGUUGAGGGCAGCUUGCGGCCAUUGACGCCAAUUGCGGUAGUAAAGACAAACCCGGUCACAGGCGUCAAGGAAAUCAUUACCUUGGGCAGAGUGUCAUCGAUUGAGCGCGAACACAAGACCAUUCCCAUCUGCAAAAAGGGGCAGCCGUCCGUGGCAGUGAAGAUUGAAGGACCCAAUCAGCCCAUGUAUGGACGACAGCUGGAAGACAAGGAUACUCUAUACUCUCUGAUUUCUCGCAAGUCAAUCGACACACUGAAGGAGUUCUAUCGAGAUGAGGUGACGAAGGAUGAAUGGGCGCUGCUGAAGAAGCUCAAACCAACAUUCGAUAUUCCUUAG